AUGGCGGUAGGUCUACAUGAGCGUUGGGGCAGCGAGGCGGAGUAUCUGUUGUCAUGCCUCGGGUACGCGGUCGGCAUCGGAAAUGUUUGGAGAUUCCCUUAUCUGUGCUACCGAAAUGGAGGAGGGGCUUUCCUCAUUCCCUACUUCCUGACAUUAUUUAUAUGCGGCAUACCGCUUGUUUACUUAGAAACAACAUUAGGGCAGUUCGCGAGCGCGGGAUGUGUUUCAGUUUUCAACAUUAACCCGUUGUUUAAAGGAGCGGGUUAUGCGGCCAUCAUUGUGAAUGUUAUAGCCAUAACUUACUUCGCAUCUAUUAUGUCGUAUCCCCUUCUGUAUAUGUAUCACUCCAUGAGCACGCCCUUGCCGUGGCAGAGUUGUGGCAAUCCCUGGAAUACCGAUAAGUGCACUGAGCUCAAUGGGAAUUCCAGUAUCUUCAUUGGUAAUGGAUCUGUGACUACACCGGAGGAUGAAUUCUUUCACAUUCGGCUUCUAAAUCAGUCGCCGGACAUUCAUCAUAUUGGCGGCAUCGUCUGGCCAAUAUUCUGGUGUAACGUCAUCUGUUGGAUCGUCGUCUACCUCUGCAUCUGCAAUGGUGUCAAGAGCGUUGGAAAGAUCGUGUACUUCACUGUUGGGUUUCCUUAUCUUGUGCUGUGUGUAUUAUUGAUUCGCGGCGUCACGUUGCCUGGCGCUUGGAAAGGCAUUCAGUUCUAUAUAUUACCAGAUUGGGGGCAAUUGCAGAACCCAAAAGUAUGGGUCGAUGCAGCUACUCAGAUAUUUUACUCAUUAGGACCUGGAUGGGGUGGUUUAGUGUGCAUGGCUAGUUUUAAUAAGUUCCACUACAAAAAUUUAAGGUCUUCGAUAAUAAUACCUUUAGUAAACAGUGGUACAAGUAUUUGGGCUGGCUUCGUCGUAUUUUCUGUGCUUGGCUUUGCAGCUGAACGUUCAGGAGUAUCUGUAGGUGAAGUAGCCAAGGCUGGGCCAGGUUUAGCUUUCGUCACAUACCCUGCUGCUGUCGCCAUGAUGCCUACACCAAAUUUUUGGGCUGUCACUUUCUUUAUCAUGCUAUUCUUCCUUGGAAUUGAUUCAAUGUUUGUUACAAUAGAAGGUAUAAUAGCAGGUCUAGUAGAUGAAUUCCCAUCGUUCCGCGCACGAAAACGAUGGGUGACAUUGUUUACGUGUCUGGCCCUAUUCGCCAUGUCAAUCAUCUGCAAUACUGAGGGUGGUAUUCACGUGACGGGUCUACUGGACACACAUGUAGCUAUAGCCUGCAUCCCACUGGUGUGUGCCCUGGAGAUAAUAGCCGCCCUAUACACGUAUGGGCCACGAAGAUUCUCAGCUGAUAUACUGUUCAUGACUGGGAAGCCAUUGGGGAGAAUAUGGCUCGUUCUCUGGAGAUACAUACUGCCUUUCAUAUUGCUGCUCAUAACAGUAUACUCUCUUAGAGAGGCUAGCGGACUAGCAGGCUGGUGCGUCGCCCUUAUAUCAGUAAUAUGCAUCCCUAUCUACGCAAUACAACUUAUAAUCCGAUCAAAAGGAUCGUUCACACAGCGCAUUCGCGAUAGCUGUCGCCCGAACAAUGAGUGGGGACCAGCCGACCCAGAAAUGCGACGUCUUUGGAAAGCUGCCAUCAACAGACAAAAUAAAAAAGAUAUUAAACUUAGAGAUUUCGAUGAAUUCUAAUAUAACUAUGUAUUUCAUAA